ACAUUCUGAAAUGGGCUCGAACGUAAAGGGAUAAAAAAAAAUAUACAUAUAUAUAUACACACACACACACACACACACACACACACACACAUAUAUAUGUGUAUGUAUAUAUAAGAAAAUUGGACGUUCUUUGGAUUAAGAUUAGGAUAAGAUUGAAAGAUUACGGAAAGAUAUCUCGGGAACGUGUUCGCGAUGCGAGUUAGCAACGGACAUCGAUUAAUUCUUUUAGGAUCGUUCGUUGGUUCGUAACGAGCCACGUAAUUCCUCUGCGAGUAAUUUCUAUAAUUCUAAGAACGAUACGAUUAUCGUACGUGAAGCAUCGCAAGAGGCUCUGCGAGAAACGCGAUUCUCUCUUUCUCUCUCGCGUUUGGCAGCACUGUCUUCUAUCGGUCGAAAGAAUCGAGCAGCCGUGGUAAACGAGUACGCGCAUAGCUGACUUCGAGCGUAGACGCGGCCGUCGUUCAUUGCAUCUCGUCGCAAAAGCAUAGACAUACCUCUUUGAAACUACGCUCGUAGCAGAUAUACAUAUAUAAUACGUACGUGCACGUGGUCCAUGCGUGUCACGAGUCGUGACAAAUCGUUGACGGUUAACAUAAAUUUCUCUCUUGAAAGUUUCACAAUCCUCCAUAAUUGCGUUAGAGAUCACAUACUGAUCGGCGACUGUAAAACAUAAAUAUCUAAUCGAUUUGCUGUAAUCUCUUUGAUGCAACGAUUGGAGAGAAACAAAAAAAAAAAAAAAAGAAGAAAAAAAAAAGGAGAGAAAAGAAAAGUGAAGGAAAGGAUAUUUCUCUAAUCGAAAAGAGAGAUCCUCGAGGAGCAGGGCAGAUCGAACGUGGGCAAUUUGUAAAAUGUCGAAAGAUCCGGAGGGGAUGGAGAGGAUGAAAAUAAAGGCGGAUCCGGGCGCGAGCAGAUACGGGAACUUCAUGAAUUACUACCAAUUUCAUAGCGCGGAAGAGCGCGUGCGGCAACUUCCGCGUGACGUCUGGCAGUCUGUUCGUUCGGACCGGAAAUACGUGGGGCUAGACAUUGGCUGUAAUGCAGGGGAACUUACGUACGAGCUAUACGAUUUUCUCGACGUUAAUUCGACGAAUUCCGAGGGCGAUAAACCUGACAUCUUCGUCCUCGGUAUAGAUCUCGAUCCGAUUCUCGUCGAGAGAUCGCGCGAGGGUAAUCCUCGUCCAGAUCGGAUCGCCUUCGAGCACUUGGAAUUUCUUUCGUCCGAUUGCGAUUCGACGAUCUCGAGAUAUCUCGAGGAACUCGGUAGGUCUCGCUUCGACGCGGUCUUUUGUUUCUCCAUCUCUAUGUGGAUCCACCUUAAUCACGGAGACGACGGCUUGGUCGAGUUCUUUCGCAAAGCUUGUUCCAUCUGCGACACGAUCGUCGUCGAGCCACAACCUUGGAAGUGUUACAGAAACGCUUCGAGGAGAUUGCGAUUGGCCAACUUGGAAGACUUCCCUCUGAUAAAGAAAUUGAAACGCAAAGGCGACAUGUCGGAGCAAAUAGAACGAAUCUUGACCGACCUAUGCGAUUUUCGAAAAGUCAUUGUAUCUUCUGCCAACGAUUGGGAAAGAAAAAUUAUGAUUUUCGCGAGGAACUAACAAUGCCAAUGCCUCCAUAUGACAAUGUACAAUCAUAUGUAAACGUACCGAUUAUAAUUACGCGUUUAUAAAUAAAAUAAAACAAAUUAUUUUUUUUAAA